UAUAAAAUCGAAAGAGAUAUUAAGAAAGAAGAAAUAAAAGAGGAUUGUGAUGUAAAACAUGGUAUAAAAUCAGAAUGUAAAGUUGUCUUGAAAAAAUUGAAGAUUGAAGUAAAGACUGAAGAUCGUAAAGAAGUUGUUCAUCUCCCAGAUGAUGAUGUAAACGUAUUGCCUGUCAACAAUGAAUACUUCACUCCAAAUGAAAAUUUUAACAAAAAUGAAAUGAACAUCCAAAUUGAAGAGGAAGAGGAAAUUAACGAAUACAAUAUCCAUCAGAAUUCAAAAAUAGAGAAACGAUUUAAAUAUAAUAUUAAAACAAAAAGCUACCUUUCUUCGAGUAGAAAAUGGAAUAAAAUUUAUGAUAAGAUUAAAAGGAAAUACUUCAAGUUUAUGUUUUCAUCAGAUUCUAAACAAGAAUUUACGUGUGAAUUGUGUAAACAGACAUUUACAAAUAAGAGAAUAUUAGAAACACAUCUGUUCUGUCAUAUCAGAAAAAAACCAUUUCGCUGCACAACCUGCAAUAAGAAGUUUUUGUGGCAAUUUCUUCUGCGAAGACACAUGGUAGAACACAAAACUGGAAAUGAAAACGAAAUCUCUCACAUGAAUUUACGUUUGCAGCUAUCUGGAAAUCGAGCGAAGACAUCGCGAAGAAAUGGUAAAAAUAUUAAUCUCCAGAGUAAAAACGACAUUUGUGGUAAGCGCGUUCGUUACGGUAAAAGCCGUUUAGAGAAACACAAGAGAAUAUACGAAGUUCAUGCCUGCAAAAUAUGUGGAAAAGAAUUUAAGUGGAAACGGGAUUUUUUACGUCAUAGAGCAUGGCAUGGCGAAGAUCAACCUAUCAAAUCCGAUGUUUGUAAUAAAAAUUUUAAAAGGAAAAAGCAACUAAAAAGCCAUAAAAAAGCAUACAAUGAUGAACGUCCUUUUAAAUGGACUAUUUGUAAUGAAGAUAUUAAUCGAAAACAGGAACUAAAAAGGCAUCACUCAACCGAUAGUGAAGAACGUCCUUUCAAAUGCGAUAUUUGUAGUAAGGGUUUCAAAUUGAAAGGGCAACUAAAAAGCCAUCAAAUUAUUCAUAAUGAAGAACGUCCUUUUAAAUGCGAUUUUUGUAAUAAGAGUUUCAAACGAAAACAAGAUGUAAAAAGGCAUCAAAAUAUUCAUACUAAAGAACGUCCUUUCAAAUGCGAUAUUUGUAAUAAGUAUUUUAAACAGAAACAGGAGCUAAAAAUGCAUCACUUAACUCAUAGUGAAGAACGUUCUUUAAAAUGCGAUAUUUGUAAUAAGGAUUUAAAAUGGAAAGAGCUACUAAAAAGCCAUCAAAAUAUAGUGAACAAUGUCCUUUCAAAUGCGAUAUUUGUAAUAAGAGUUUUAAAAGAAAACAGGAUUUAAAAACGCAUCAAAAUAUUUAUAGUGAAGAACGUCCUUUUAAAUGCGAUAUUUGUAAUAAAAGUUUCAAAUGGAAAGUGCAAGUAAAACGCCAUUACGAAACUCAUACUGAUGAACGUAACUAUUUUUCUUAAGUAUGUAAGAAAAGGUUUAAUAAAAAUGUUU